AUGGAUUCAAGUAGUUGCUCGACAAAUCCAGUGGGGCAGUUUUUAUCGCCCAAGAACAAUACUCUCUUAAGCACACACCGUCCUAUUGUCUCGAGGAAGACACAGGUUUCCGACCAUUAUAAUACUAAUGACGCAUCCCCCCAUGAAACUACGUUUAUGAAUAGGAAUAAUCAAGACUAUUCAGUAAAUAGACCUCAUCUACUACCAGCACAGAGCCAACAGGGCAUCGCCGAAGAUUGGGCAUCUCAAUUUUCUAGCAUGCAAAUUAAAGAUCCAUUAGAGUUCAGUCAAGAAUACAAAAGGCUCUAUUCCAGUUAUGAAUCAUCACAGCCACAGAGGCAAGUGCCUCCCAUGUCGAUGAACGUCGCACACCAACCUCUUCCGCAACCAUCGAUGUUUGUACCCUCACCACUACGGCAACAAAGAAAUGGAGAUGGGAUGGAUAUUGAUUCUUACUUUGAUUUGCAAUUCCAAUCUGUGGAAAAAGAAUUGGAAAUAGAAAAUAAUGCUAAUGCUGGCACAGCGAGAAACGAUAAUGUUCUCGAUGAGGAACAAUUGCAAUUACAAAAAACUGCCAGGGAUAUUGUGGAAUCAUGUUCCACACCGUCAUCUAUAUCUUCCAAUAGUUCAGUCAAUGCUAAAUUUGCAGAAUCUAAAUUUAUUGGGUUGAUGAGAAAGAUAAGUGAUGGGGUGGUGACAUUAAAGAAAAUUAAUGGUGAUAAGAACGUGGAUCAAAGUCAACAAGCUCCUUCAGUUGGUAACAAUGAAUUUUAUUCUACGGUUGAUGAAUCUGUGGUUGGUACUCCAUUUUAUCCAGUGGAUGAUACUGUUCAUAUGUAG